GCCGGCCGUUCCGGGAAUGGGCGGAAGUGCGUCACUGCGGCACGCUCACUUCCGGGCAGGGAGCGCGCGGGUUGAUUCGUUCUCCUCGGCCGCUUCAGCCUGCUGCACGGAAAUGGCGGGAUUUGGUGCAGUGGAAAAAUUUUUAGUGGAAUACAAGAGUGCUAUGGAAAAGAAGUUGGCAGAGUACAAGUGUAACACCAAUGAAGCAAUUCAACUUAAAUUAGUUCGCUUUGCUGAAGAUCUCGACAAUGACAGCACAACUUUUAAUCCUGAGUACAGCCAUCAAAUAUUUGGUGAUGAUGAAACUGUCUUCGGUUACAAGGGUCUUAAGAUCAUUUUGUACUAUAAUGCUGGUAACCUGUCAACACUCUUCCGAAUCGAGUAUGCUUCUAAAGUUAGUGAGAAUUUCGACUGUGUAGAGGCAGAUGAUGUUGAGAGCAAAAUUAGAGAAAUCAUCCCUCCAGGAUUUUGUACAAACACAGAUGAUUUUAUUUCAUUGUUGGAAAAGGAAGUUAAUUUUAAACCCUUUGGCACAUUACUCCAUACGUACUCAGUUCACAAUAAGGAAGCAGGAGAAAACAUUACCUAUGAAAUAUACAAGGCUGACAUGACAUGUACAGGCUUUCGAGAAUAUCAUGAAAGGCUUCAGACCUUUUUGAUGUGGUUUAUUGAAACUGCUAGCUUUAUUGACGUGGAUGAUGAAAGAUGGAACUACUUUCUAGUAUUUGAGAAGUAUAAUAAGGAUGGAGCUACGCUCUUUGCGACCGUAGGCUACAUGACAGUCUAUAAUUACUAUGUGUACCCAGACAAAACCCGGCCACGUGUAAGCCAGAUGUUGAUAUUGCCUCCAUUUCAAGGUGAAGGCCAUGGUGCCCAGCUUUUUGAAACAGUUCAUAGAUAUUACAUUUCUUCUCCUAUAGUUCUUGAUAUUACAGCUGAAGAUCCAUCUGAAAACUAUGUGAAACUAAGAGAUUUUGUACUUGUGAAACUUUGCCAAGAUCUGCCUUGCUUUUCUGCAGACAAGUUAAUGCAAGGAUUCAGUCAAGAUAUGGUGACAGAGGCACAACAGAAGCUCAAAAUAAACAAGCAACAUGCCAGGCGAGUUUAUGAAAUUCUCCGAUUACGUGUGACUGACAUGGGUGAUGCUGAACAAUCCAGAGGCUAUAGACUGGACAUAAAAAGAAGAUUAAUUGGUCCAUAUAAGAAAAAGCAGAGAGAUCUUGAGAUGAGAAGAUGUCUCAGGCCUGAAGAGCUGACAAACCAGAUGAACCAAAUAGACAUAAGUAUGCAACAUGAACUGGAGGAAAGUUUCCAGCAACUUGUUUCAGACUACAGGAGGAUAAUAGAACGACUUGCCCAAGCAUAAAGAAUCAACCUUUCUCAUACAGGAAAUUUGAAGAUUUCUAUACAUUGUGCUGUGAAAACACCCUCUUGUGCUUAAUUGAGAAAUCUUAAUGUGACACUUGUAUUUACAUUAAAAGCUAUUUUUUUUCUCUAUUUGAAGAUUUUUCUUCUGGUGGGUUUGGGAUUGUAGGUUCUAAGAUAUUGUUUGUAUUCUAGGAGUACUCACUGCUAAAUAAACCACAGGUAUAGUUUAUGAAA